UGUUAUCUUAUUCUCCGUAUCCCAUUUCACCUCAAUUGCUACUCGCAUCUUCUAUACCGUCAUUAUGGAACAACAGCUCGAUCUCACCAAGCUCUCCGAGAGCGAUAAGAAGGAGCUCAACCAGGUCCUCACCAACGAGGCUCAGAAGUCCAACAUUCAGCAGACUGUCCACCACCUGAACGAAGUGUGCUGGGAAAAGUGCAUCACCAGCAAGAUCACCUCCGGCACCCUCGAUAAGUCUGAGGAGACAUGCGCACAGAACUGUGUUGACCGGUGGAUGGAUACCAGUCUGUCCAUCCUGUCCAAGCUGGACAACAUGCGCGGCGGCCCCGGUCACUAAGGGUUUGUCUGUCUUGUGUUCUCGGUUUCUGCUAUUGCUGUUUCUGAUCGCUGUCUGGAUGUGAUGCAUGUCUAUGGAUAUCAAUCACUGUUCAUGAAGACUGUUUGGAUUUGAGCCUGUCAGGCUCUACUUUUGCUUCUUGGACAGCGGUUGGACGGUUUUAUUUUGGGGUUUAUGGAUGGAUAGACGGAUUGUGGAACCAUCACUUGUAUACUAGAGUGUCAAUUUAUGAACCAUGUUGUCUUGUACAAUAUAUGUUGGAUUUGUUUGUGGGGAUGUUGUUUGUAGAACAAGU